GAGAAACGUUGAGUCGUUCUCGAUUAAUGAUGCUCUUAGUCAUUUUAGUCAUUAGAAAUAUCGAAAUUAAUUAAGGGGCUCACACACGACAUGACAAGACAAAACAAAAACAUACAGUAUUUUUUUUUAGUUAAUCUAAUGAUUAUGGUGGAUGAGGAUGAAGGCCACGUGGGAAAAUGGUAGUUUUGUGAAUAAAAAGAAAGAACAAGGGCAAAAAAAAAGAAAACACGAAUAAAAUAAGAAUAACAAGAAGGAAGAAGACUCAGUCUCUCGAGCAGCAACAGCAGGGGCAGAGGGGAUCGAGCGAGAGUCGAGAGAGAUGGAGGAGUGUAUGAGGAAACUGGCCUUGUGGCACACGAGAACCUUCAAGCCCGUUAUGACCCACGACGAGCUCGAACCGAUCUUGUCCACCAUGGGCUUCAUCCCCCAGGACUCCCUAGGUUUUAAAGAGUACGUUUUCCUCUCUUCUCCCACCACCACGCCCAGGCCCAGGCUCCCCUAUCCCCACAUCGACGGCCUUCAUAUUACCACCUACCAGGCCUUUAUAGACGCAUUGGCCUUCUUUCUUGAUGUCUCCGAUCUCUUCCAUGUCAGGGGAAUGCCGCUCCAACGUGUCAAAGAUAAAAACAGAAAAUGGCGUCGCAUGGAAGAUGAUGAUACUGCUGUGUUUGUGUACAGAGAUGGAACCUUGGACAAGUCGUCGAGCCACAAUUUGAGCAGAGAAGAAGAGUCGUCAUCUUACACACAUGUUCUCAUCCACCAUAAACCCCUACCUCAUUGCACUCUUCUUCCCCUUAAGGACAUCACUGUUUGGGUUUGAUUUUUGGGUACCCUCUUCACAACAAAACCUGCCUCUUAGAUAUAUAUAUAUAAUAAUAAUUCCUACAAUACUAGUUUCCUCCUACCUUUGUCUACUUCUUCUCUCCUUCAUCGGAUUCAAAGUGGGCCGCCAAAUGAGAUGACGGUUGAUGAUCCAAGCCCUCCUUACUGGUUUUGUUUCCACCAAAACUAGACUAAUACACUUGAGUCUCUCUCUCUCUCUUUAUAUGUCUUUAUCUUUUCUCUUCAACUCAAAACUUGUAUCCUAUUGAUGCUCUACUCUUUUUCUAUU